GCUUGGCCAGUUGUUGGACAACUGAAAGGAAGAGAAUAUAUCCUUUCCUUAAGCUCUCAAACACUGUUCUAAAACCUUGAUCUUCUUCAUUUUAUUUAUUUUUUGGUCUUUUGGUGAUACUGUGAAGAAAGAAAGAUAUUGUGUGUCUUCGCACAUAUAACUCUCCAUAAACAUGCCGACUUAACUGUUUCAAAGCAAAGAAAAGCCUUUUAUCCAAGUUUGUCCCUUGAGAAUCAAAAGGUUUCAACGGAAGCUGUUCUAGACAUGAAGAUUUUGUUGAUUCCCAGGCCUGGUUUUGGUCACGUUUUCACGUCAAGAACACUGCUUUUGUUGAUUUUCUGCUUGUGGGCACCUAUACAAGUGGUGGGACAGGCUAAGAAUGCCACAGUUUCUACUCCAACUCCCAUAGGAAGGACUGGAAAUGCCACAGUUUCUUCUUCAAGACCUAGAGUUGUGAACAUUGGAGCUCUUUUCACCUACAAUUCGGCCAUCGGACGGUCGGCAAAACCGGCGAUUUUGGCGGCUGUCGACGAUGUCAAUAAGGAUUCCAGCAUCCUUAAGGGCACAAAAUUGAAUGUUAUUUUUCACGACACCAAUUGCAGCGCGUUUAUGGGAACCGUUGAGUCUUUGCAGCUGAUUGAAAAGGACGUGGUUGCUGCAAUCGGCCCACAGUCGUCGGGAAUAUCUCACGUCAUUUCCCAUGUUGUGAAUGAACUCCAAGUACCUCUUAUAUCGUUUGGAUCAACAGAUCCUACUCUCUCUGCACUGCAGUACCCGUAUUUUGUUCGUACUACACAGAGCGACUAUUUUCAGAUGUAUGCGAUUGCUGAUCUGGUAGAGCAUUAUGGAUGGAGAGAAGUAAUUGCCAUCUUUGUCGAUGACGAUAAUGGCAGAAAUGGGAUUUCGGUGUUGGGUGAUGCCUUGGCGAAGAAGCGUGCGAAGAUCUCUUACAAGGCCGCCUUCACCCCCAAAGCCUCAAACGCUGAAAUCAACGACUUAUUGGUCGGUGUAAACCUCAUGGAAUCUCGGGUGUAUGUUGUGCAUGUUAAUCCUGACACUGGCUUGACAAUCUUUUCUGUUGCAAAGUCUCUUGGGAUGAUGGGCAGUUCCUAUGUCUGGAUUGCAACAGACUGGCUUCCUACGUUUCUUGACUCAUUCCAAGCGCCUGAUCCCGACACAAUGAAUCUUCUACAAGGGGUCGUUGCUCUUCGCCAUCACACUCCAGAUUCUGAUCUUAAAAAGCAGUUUACAUCUAGGUGGGAAAAACUACAAAAUGACUCGAGUGCGAGCUUCAAUUCUUAUGCGCUUUAUGCCUAUGAUUCGAUUUGGUUAGCAGCCCGUGCUCUUGAUGUUUUCCUCAAUGAAGGUGGGAACCUAUCAUUCUCUAUUGACCCAAAAUUGCGUGACACGAACAGAAGCGCACUGAACUUAGCAUCAUUACAUAUUUUCAAUGGAGGCCCGCAAUAUCUACGAACAAUCCUUGGGAUGAACUUCACCGGUCUGAGUGGGAGGAUUCAGUUUGAUUAUGAUAAGAAUUUAGUUAAUCCAGCAUAUGAUGUUCUAAAUAUUGGUGGAACCGGUUCCCGAAGAGUUGGUUAUUGGACAAACCAUUCUGGUCUGUCGAUUGUCGCUCCAGAGAUCGUAUAUACAAAGCCCCCGAAUACUUCCGCUAGUAAUCAACAACUUUACAGCAUUAUUUGGCCAGGUGAAACCAUAAAUACGCCUCGGGGAUGGGUGUUUCCCAACAAUGGCAAGCCACUACGAAUUGCAGUGCCCAACCGAGUAAGUUACAAAGCCUUUGUGGUUAAAGACAAGGACCCUCCAGGAGUGAAAGGAUUUUGUAUCGACGUUUUUGAAGCUGCCAUAAAAUUAUUGCCUUAUCCUGUGCCAAGGACAUAUGUGCUAUUUGGAGAUGGUAAGAGAAAUCCGGAGUUCAAUGAGAUUGUGUACCAGGUUGCAGAAAAUAAAUAUGAUGCAGCCGUUGGAGACAUUACAAUUACUACAAAUAGGACAAAGAUCGUUGAUUUUACACAGCCUUACACGGAAUCAGGACUUGUCGUAGUUGCUCCUGUCAAAGUGGAAAAGUCAUAUCCUUGGGCUUUCCUCAAGCCAUUUACUCUGUCUAUGUGGUUUGUUACUGCCGGCUUCUUCCUUUUUGUGGGGGCUGUUGUUUGGAUUCUUGAGCACAGGAUGAACCAUGAGUUUCGUGGUUCGCCAAGGAAACAACUCAUAACUAUUUUUUGGUUCAGCUUCUCAACGAUGUUUUUCUCACACAGAGAGAACACUGUCAGCACCCUGGGACGUUUUGUGCUGAUUAUAUGGCUAUUUGUGGUGUUAAUUAUCAACUCAAGUUAUACAGCUAGUUUGACAUCGAUCCUCACAGUGCAACAGCUGACAUCUCGAAUUGAAGGGAUAGACAGCUUGAUAUCAAGCAAUGAUCCUAUUGGAAUUCAAGAAGGGUCAUUUGCAUGGAAAUAUGUGGUUAAUGAGCUCAACAUUGCUGAAUCUAGGCUUGUUAAGUUAAAAAACCAGGAAGCUUAUGGUGAAGCCCUUAGGCUUGGACCAAAAGCCGGUGGAGUAGCUGCCAUUGUCGACGAGCUUCCUUACAUUGAGCUAUUCAUGUCAAGCACUAAUUGUCAAUACCGGACUGUGGGACAGGAGUUUACGAAAAACGGAUGGGGAUUUGCGUUCCAAAGGGACUCACCUCUGGCAGUUGACCUGUCAACUGCCAUUCUACAACUCUCCGAGAACGGCGAUCUCCAGAAGCUUCGCAACAAAUGGCUUCCCACUCAAGAAUGCUCCAUGCAGAUCAAUGACGAGGACGCGAACCGACUGUCUCUCACCAGCUUCUGGGGCUUGUUCCUUAUAUCAGGCAUUGCGUGCUUCAUUGCUCUUACCAUAUUCUUCUGUAGAAUCUGCUGUCAAUUCCAAAAGUUUGUCCCUGACGGUGAUCGGGAAGAUGAUAUCGAGGAGAUUGAACCUGUCAAUGCCAGUUCUCGACGAACCAUUCGUUCAACCAGUUUCAAGGACUUCAAAAAUUUUGUAGAUAAAAAGGAAGCAGAGAUUAAACAGAAGCUUAAGAAAAAACACAGUGACACCAAACAACAGGCUAGCCCAAGCUCUGAUGUGCAGCCUAAUACUGUUCAUUGAAGAAUAUUUUCCUCACAAAACAUACUAUACUCAUAUAUAUAUAUAUAUAUAUAUUUAUGAUUCUCUUGAUACAAUUAGGAAGAUAGAAUAAAAAUUGUUCACACUUUAUUUUUUGAAAGAAAGAGAGUCCUGACAUCACAGUU